CUGUGCUGGCAGCAGGACAGGAGGGAAAAGCUCCAACUAGAGCUGCAGCAGGCAAAGGAGUGGACGAGCACCCUCGAGAGAGAGAACGGGGCCCUGCAGCAAAGCCUGUGCCGCAGCCAGCAGGCGGUGAGCUGGGAUCAGCAGCAGAAGGGGCCCAGACCUCACCCGAAGCAGCAUCAGCUCCAGCAAUGCGGCACCCGCUAAGGUCCUGCCUCCCUGCAGCUAGGGGAGCAGAAGGAGCUGAGCCAGGGCCUGCAGUGCCACCUGGUUCGGCUGCAGGAGGAGCUGGGAGUCACCAAGGCCAGGGAGCAGCAAAGUCUGUGGCAGCUCAGCGGAGCCGAGGAGACCAUCCACACCCUGCAGCAGGAAGUGGCCUCCAACAGAAAGCAUCUGACGGAGCUGCUGGGACAAGUACAAGACAUGCCCAGCCUGCGGGCAGAGCUGGCCCAGGCCCAGCAGGGAAAAGCCAAGCAGGAGGAGGAGAUCGCAGCCUAUGAGGAGCAGAGGCAGCAGCUCCACUGGGAGCUGAGGAAGCUGCAGGGGGCCCAGGAGCAGAGCAAGCAGGAGGCCCACAUCCUCGAGAAGAGGCUGCAGGAGCUGAGCAGCCGAGCCCAGCAGUGGCAGCAGCUGCACGAGGACAGCGAGCGAACUCUGGCCACGCGGGAAGAGGAGCUGGUUGUUUGCAAGGUGGAGCUGGCCUUCCUCAAGGAAAAGCUCAGCAAGGCUCUGGAGCAGAAAGAAGCCCUUCAGCACGAAACUAACAUGUUACGACAGAAGUUUGCGGUCACUAGUGCUGAGGCAGAAGCCCUGCGCUCCUCCCUCACUGUGGCACAUUCUGACAGCAGCAGGCUGCACCGGGAAAGCGAGCUGGUGCUGGUCAACAUCGGCCAGUGGGUGAAAAAGCAGAAGCAGUCAAAUGAGAAACUAGGGCAAAAGAUCCAGCAGCAAGUCAAGCAGAUUGCUGAGCUGACAGGCGAGAAGGAGCAGCUCCAAAACAUACUGGGAAGGUUGCAGGAGGAAAACAAGUAUCUCAGGGCCAGAGCAGAUGAGCAGCGCCGCGAGUGUGAGCAGCUGAAGGCGAGCAGAGCUCCUGUCACAGCCUGGCCUGAAACAGUGCUAGGCCUGUGCUCCUGCGUGUAGAGGGAGAGCUGGGCACUGGCUGCACCAGGCACAGGUCGUGCAAGACCUGCCUUUGCAGGAGUCCAGGUCACGGCUGGGCCAGGCUCAGGUUGUCUUUGCCCUCUGAGAAUGUGCAUUGUCCCAGGCUCUGUAGGGCAGUAACUUGCCUGCACC